AUGAGAUAUAAAAGAAAAACAAUUCUAUUAUUAUUGCUUUUAUUGUGUCUAUGGGCCUUGCAAAGAGAGUAUCAAUUCAGCACACAGAAACUACAGAGGGUAUAUCAGUGCUGGUCUGUGAAUAGUCAACCAGAAGAAUUAAAGCUAGCAGACUGGUUUUUCCCUGAAGCAUCCAUGAAUGCAACUACCAACUGGUCAGCUCCAAUUGUGUGGCUCGGCACUUACAAAGAAGAAGUAUUGGAAAAUUAUUACGCAAAUCAUAAAAUUACCGUGGGGUUGACUGUGUUUGCUGUGGGAAAAUAUAUUGAGUACUACUUGUACAACUUUAUAGUAUCUGCUGAUAGCUAUUUUAUGGUUGGCCAGAAAGUCAUAAUUUAUGUCCUGAUAGAUGAUUUCUCCAAGAUGCCUUGGAUAGAGCUGAGUCCCCUCCGUACAAUCAAAGUUUUUAAAAUUAAGCGAGAGAAGAGAUGGCAAGAUAUUAGUAUGAUGCGCAUGAAGACGAUCAGUGAACAUGUUGUAGAUCACAUCCAAUAUGAAGUUGACUUCCUCUUCUGCAUGGACGUGGAUCAAGUCUUCUUUCAGGAAUAUGGACUGGAGACCCUGGGGGAGACAGUAGCUCAGUUACAUUCUUAUUGGUAUAAGGCAAACCCUAUAGAUGUACCUUAUGAGAGAAAUCAGUUAUCAGAAGCAUAUAUACCUAUCGGUAAGGGAGACUUCUAUUACCAUGCUGCAGUAUUUGGUGGCACUCCCAUUCAGGUUCUCAACCUUGCUCGAGAGUGCUUUAAAGGAAUCAUGAACGAUAAGAAAAAUAACAUUGAAGCAGUGUGGCAUGAUGAAAGUCACUUAAACAAGUAUUUCUUUCUUCAUAAACCUGCUAAACUUUUAUCUCCUGAAUACUGCUGGGAUCAUCAUAGAGGAUAUAAUAGUGAUAUCAAAGCUAUCAAACUCUAUUGGGCUUUUAAGUACUAUAAAGUUCUUAGAAGAACAGAUAAUAUUUUAGCCCUUUUGUAA